AUGAAUUUCACACUACACAAGAGUUCGUUAUGGAAAUGUAUAUGUACCUGUAAUUCUGUGUGGAAAAUAUAUCAUUGUUGUAAUUUCAGUGGGUGCUUACUGCUUGUGUUGCCACAGUCCAGUGAAGUUGAGAUACCAAAAACAUUAAUUUUUGAUGAGUGGUUGACUCAGGAGGUCAACAAUCGUUCAAAUGGAACAUACUAUUUUUCAGCUGAGUUUGAUCAGGUGGAUCUCAAAGAAAAUUCUGAGGUCACUGUUGGCACUGGACAUGGUUUGAAGGUGGGGAAGUGGGGUGAGAUGCAGGACCCAGUAUUGAAGAUUGAGAUGGGUUAUCGCUUGGGUCUGGUGUUAAUCCUCGAGUACAAUGGUGUUUACAGUGUGGGAUACACUGAGACACAUGAUUUUUAUAUAGAUUAUUAAUCGAAUCAUAACUUUUUGAUACUAAAAUGAUUAAUCAUAUUCAGAGACAUAGCUGUGAAUGAAUAUUUUCAUAUCUGUGUAUAAACUGCUUUCCUCGAUACUAUUACCAUUAUAAAUUACUUAUGUGCUUUACAUAGAUAUCUGAAUUUUCAGCAUAAGAGAUCAUAUGUAAGUGAAAAUAACUCAUUUUUAUGAAUUAAAUAGUUUUUAAAAUUCAUA